AACUUGGAAGAUGAAGAACAGUAGUUGGUGUAUCCCUUUGUUAAGAAAAUGCGUAGAAUGGUAGUUGCGCACAUUAUUACAUCUAAUGAUCUAAGAUACAUUUUCACCUUUUGACAUUAUUUAUAAGAAUUCAUGCACACUUCUUUAAAUUUGAUAAAAACAAGUAAAUCAAACAUUAGUAUUCCACCAAACUUUGACUGAUCACUUCACACUUCAUAGUGAUCAGUUACAUUUCAUGGGCUCAUCAACAAGAGGAGAGGAGUACCAGACGUUGUUGCUUGGGUUAGACUCCCAUUCACGAAUCCCGGACCUGUCUUCUGAUGUAAUCGAAGAGUUCUUGGCCCACAAACCAGUGGCUGCGAGGUGGUGGACUCGCCUCAUUGCUUGGGAGUCGAGGCUUUUGUGGAUCCUCUCUGGAGCUUCCAUUGUAGUGUCUAUCUUUAACUACAUGCUUACUUUUGUCACACUCAUGUUUACUGGUCAUUUGGGUGCCUUGGAGCUUGCUGGUGCCUCGGUUGCUACUGUUGGGAUUCAAGGCCUUGCUUAUGGAAUCAUGUUGGGAAUGGCUAGUGCAGUACAAACAGUGUGUGGACAAGCCUAUGGUGCAAAGAAAUACUCGUCGAUGGGGAUCAUAUGCCAAAAGGCGAUCAUACUUCAUCUAGGAGCAGCCAUACUCUUGACCUUCUUGUACUGGUUCUCAGGUUCUGUCCUCAAAGCCAUAGGUCAAUCAGAGAGCAUAGCGGAGCAAGGACAGAUUUUUGCACGCGGUAUAAUCCUUCAGUUAUAUGCAUUUGCUAUAAGCUGUCCGAUGCAGAGGUUCCUUCAAGCUCAAAAUAUUGUCAACCCUUUAGCAUACAUGUCGGUUGGAGUGUUCUCAUUGCAUAUACUCUUCACUUGGUUGGUUGUCGAAGUUUGGGACUAUGGACUUCUUGGGGCUGCUCUUACUCUGAGUAUCUCCUGGUGGAUUUUAGUCAUUGUGAAUGCGCUUUACAUAAUUUUCAGUCCUAAGUGUAAGGAGAGUUGGACUGGACUCUCUGUCAAGGCUUUCACAGGAAUUUGGCCUUACUUUAAGCUUACAGUUGCUUCUGCUGUCAUGUUAUGCUUAGAGAUAUGGUACAACCAAGGAUUGGUGCUUAUAUCAGGGCUCUUAUCUAAUCCCACAAUAUCACUAGACUCGAUUUCUAUAUGCAUGUCUUACUUGAACUGGGACAUGCAGUUUAUGUUAGGACUAGCUGCAGCAGCCAGUGUAAGAGUGAGUAACGAGCUAGGAGCAGCACAUCCAUCAGUAGCAAAAUUCUCGGUGCUGGUAGUGAAUGGGACUAGUAUACUAAUUAGUAUAGUGUUCAGUGCUGUUGUGUUGAUAUUCAAAGUUGCAUUAAGCAAGGCUUUUACCACUGACUCUGAGGUUAUAGCAGCUGUAUCUGACUUAACUCCUUUGCUCGCCAUCUCGGUUCUCUUGAAUGGCAUUCAGCCUAUCCUCUCUGGGGUGGCAAUUGGGAGUGGAUGGCAAGCUCUUGUGGCAUAUGUGAAUCUAACAACAUAUUACAUUAUCGGUCUACCAAUUGGCUGUGUACUGGGCUUCAAGACGAGCUUAGGAGUUGCAGGGAUAUGGUGGGGGAUGAUCAUUGGUGUUCUGUUACAAACUGUAACAUUGAUAAUUCUGACUGCUCGAACCAACUGGAACACUGAGGUUGACAAGGCGAUUGAACGUUUAAGGAACUCAGCAAAUGAAGAGACGACAGCUCUAAUCUUGGAGAACACUACAUAAUUAGCACAAUUUUGGCUUUCGCGGAACAAUAAAUAAACAGUUUUGUCUAGUUUGUUUGUCCACACAUUCGUUCUCAUGUCAUAUUCAACUAAUCAACUGGGUGACUUUAAGGAGUGAAAGUGACUAUUUCACAAAUUUUCAACACUUUUUAUUUCGGACAACUUUACUCUAUCAACAAUAUAACCAAAUAUCAAGGCUAUUUUCAAUA